AUGGAGAUGCCCGAAGUAAAUCGUUGUUUCGGUAUGUUCCCCCCGAAAUAUGGGUGUCUUUUGAUAUCUUGGCUUGGUCUUGCAACUGGAGGGACUGGCCUGGCUGGUAUCAUCAUGUAUGGCAUUGUUCAAGAGCAAAUCAUUGCUCAUUUCAUGAAUACAACCAAAGUUGAUGAAGGUUCGAAGAAAAUGGCUCUAAUGUCAAUUGGAUUCACUUCUCUGAUGUUGUUCAUUGGAAAUGGUUUGCUGUUUUUAGGAGUAACGUUUUCGUCUAAGUCCUGCGUGAAAUAUUUUGUAUACGUGACUUUUGCCAUGUGCCUUAUAAUGAUCAUGGGUUGUAUCGGUGCACCUGUAUCGUGUUUUUUUCUCGCAAAGACUUGUGUAAUGAAAAAAAUAUCUUCACCCGCUAUGGUCAUUGGUUAUUUAGGUUUUACCAUAUUUAUAGAAUUGUGGUUAUAUUUUAUGGUGGUGGGGUACAAUUUCAAAGAAUCAUUAUAA